AUGCCGCCACGAAAACGCAAGCGUGCAGCUCCCGCAGCCCCAGCAGAGCCCUCGGGACCACCAUCGCCGUCCGACAACGAACCAAAUGUAGACGAAAUAAACCCCGAGCGUCCGCUCCGAUUCUUCAACACCACCUUCUCCACAUAUCGCGCCUCACCGCUCUACAUCGGCAAGGAGCCUCUAUCGGCCACGGGUCUGGAAACGCUCUCCAGGCGGCUGCGCGAUACCUUCGUGGGCGACGUAGUGCGCGGCGUGCAGGUCGGUCUGGAGAGCGACGCGACGUUGGGGCGUGCCGGCGCGCUGGAGAGGGUAGAAUGGCGAUGGGCUAGCGUCGGCAGCCUCAUGGACGGCAAUGGGGAUGCAGCACGUCGCAGGACGAGGGGUGGGAGUGAGGAGCUGGGGAGCAGCGCAAGAGAACUCAAUAGCGAGGACGAGGACAACGAGGCGCGACGGCGGAAGAAGGGAGAGAAGAAGGUACUCUGUUUGGACCUGGACUACGAGAACGCCAGCUUCAAUGCGCUACUGCUGCCCGAGCUGGAAGAAAAUGGGCAAGGAAGAAGUACACGCGCCCCCAAGACGCCGUCGUGGACGUGGCAGACAACAGACAAUGGUGCCGGGGCCGAGGACCAAGCAGACCCAGCGGCCUUCUUGCAUCUUCCCCUCCUUCUCCUGCGCAUGCCCGUCCCUCUCAGAGCAGCCCUCGUCGACUUCCUCGCCAGCACCUUCGACUGCCGCGUCAGCCCGCUGCGUCUGGGCACGCGAAGUAUUGUGCACAGCUGGGAGAGCUGGCUCGCGGAGAGCGGACUGAUCAACCGGAGUACGCUCAGCAAGGACGUCGCUCUGACACUGGGCUUCCAUGUCGAACCGCCGGAAAGCAAUUUCGGAGAUCAGACAGCAGACCACAGUCUGGAAGAGACGGUUCAACUGGGACUGAAAUCCAUCGAUGUCAUUGUCCCGGCGGACGAGGUCUAUCGGUUUCUGCGUGCGGGGGACAGAACCGGCCAUCUGGCCAAGGAGGGCGGUAGAAAGAGGGGAGCAGACGACGACCUGUCAGUCGAGCGGCAGAAGCGAAGACGACGGAAGCUCGCAGGCGGCAGAGACGAAGAGGGCUGGGGAUGGCGCAGCAGCCAAAGCGACAAGACCCCUGCUCCAGAUUCCGUCAACGAGUCCUUCGACCAGCCAUUCACGGAGGCAUUGGCUCGGUACAUCGACCACCACCUGGCCCUGGAUAUGUUCCACCCGGGCGUCAGGAUCCUGCGGAUCGCAUGCAGUGGCUUCUCGCUGUCCGAGGGCCGGGUGAAGGUCUUCAGCCCAGAUGCCCAUCGAGAUGAAGAUGGCAGCAGUGCCGCUGUUUGGGGCUUUGUGAGAGACCUGGUGCGGAAGGCCAAGGGCAGGGAGUGGAGUCCGGAUGCGAUGCAGCUUGCGAGCCUACGAAGCGAUGUUGUGUAA